UUGAUCAACAUGGCUGCCAUCGUCCGGCUGAGUUAUGUGUGUCGCAGAGGAGUAAAUCCUCUGUUCUUCCAGAGUUCCCUGCUGGCCCGACCAGUUGUUGUCCUGCACAAAGAGCAUGAACAGCGCCACCUGCUGACAUCAAGAGUCCAUUCAUCUCAGACUCUUCAUGGUUCUGAUUCUAAAGCUGCCUCACUGCACUGGACAGCAGAACGAGUGCUGAGUGUCGCGCUCCUUGCCAUGGGCCCUGUAGCGUAUUUUCACCCCUGUCCUGUCAUGGAUUACUCCCUGGCUGCUGCUCUGACUCUGCAUGGACACUGGUAA